UGUGUGUGUGUGUGUGUGUGUGUGUGCUAUGCUCAGCAACCCCACACAUCACAGACAUGGCAGUGCAUGUCACCCUAGUGCUAAGGAGGUAAAUAGAGAUAGGACUUUUAGAGCUUGCUCUAAAGCCACUGUAGUGGAAUCGGUGAGUUCCAGGUUCAUUCAAAAUAUGUCUUAAAAAGUAAGAUAGAGAGGGAGCAAGAGAGACACCCAGAGUGGACUAUGGCCUCCACAUGUCCACAGAGACAUGCACACAGACAGACAUACACACACGAAACAUCUUUCUGUCGAUUGAAAGUUUGAACAUCGUUUAAAUGGAGAGGAAUACUUUUUUAAAAAAGUUACCAUGUAGAUUAGUUUUCUUAUAUUGUCAUACAUUUGAUAUUUUGAAUUCUUAAAGUGUAAUCCUCAAAUACUAUAGUAGCUUGAAUAACUUUAAAAACAGAAUUUUGAAAAAAAAUUUUUAACUUACUUUCUCUGGAGUGCAGAGAAUCUCUGAACCGAGGUGGGAAACAGGAGAAAGCAGUGUUCGGUGCUGCUUGGGAGCAUGCUGGAUUUUACAGGUCUUCAGUAGUGCUAUGUGAAGAUGCUCAAUAGCUUUCAUGAGGAGAGCUGCCUGAGAGUCCGCUUUUGUAUUUGUACACUGGGCAUUCUGUCUCUGAAAGAUUUUCAUGUGUUCACCUUUCCUCCUCUUUGUAAUUGUCCUCAGUAAAAAGAUUUACAGUGUUUCUGAGGUUUUUUUUUUUUAAAGUAUUGUUCUGUGUAUGUCCUUUGCAUUUCAAAGCGCAUGUAAGUAAGGCAUGGGGAAGGUUCCUCUGUCACAUCCUUUAACUACCUUGUCUUUGGAAGAACAAGUUUAUAUUUUACUGUUGCAUCUGAUUCUUUCUCAUGCUGCAGACCAUUCAUCAAACAGUGCAUUCAAGAGCUGCAAGUCUGUUACCCAAGAUGAUGAAUGCUGACAUGGAUGUUGAUGCUGAAAAUCAGGUGGAAUUGGAAGAAAAGACUCGACUUAUUAAUCAGGUGUUGGAACUCCAACACACACUUGAAGAUCUUUCUGCAAGAGUAGAUGCAGUUAAGGAAGAAAAUCUGAAGCUAAAAUCAGAAAAUCAAGUUCUUGGACAAUAUAUAGAAAACCUCAUGUCUGCUUCUAGUGUUUUUCAAACAACUGAUACAAAAAGCAAAAGGAAGUAAAGGGUUCACCUCCCUCUUGUCAUGGAGUUGCUGCUUUUUCUUUUCUUUAAAGCUUGGAUAUGAUCCAGAAGUUACAGUAUCCUCCUUUGCUUCCUUGAGUAUUUAUAAAGAGAAUGUCAGAUCUAGGUAAUAUUAACUGCUUAACAGGAAACAUCCCUAAGUUAACAUUAUAUGUAUUACGUUAGUCUAUGACAAUGUGCAAAUGUAGAGACUUUAUAAUUAGAAUUACAGAUAUUUAUGAAACUUGAAGAUGAAUGUUUUGCCAAUUUGCUUAUAUAUAUAUAUAGGUUUAGCGCUGUCUUUUAUCAUAUGCCUAACUCGUAAAAUACACAAGAGAAUAACCAUGUUGUGACAAAGUGACCAAAACCAUGUACUGAAUGCACAGCUCUGUACCUUGUCCACCGUCGUGUGCCUCUCCUCCAUCUGCCUCUUCCUGCCCAUCUCCCUGACAGUAACCUGAGUAGUUGUCACCUACCAGAGCAACCUGAACUGUAAUUGUUGAUUCUUAACCAAAAUAAGACAUUUUCUUAGCUAAAGCUUGCCAUUUGUGAUAUUUAGUAAUAAGAUAGGAUUGCUGGUUUCUCUUUAAUCAACUGAAAAUAGAUUGAGCUAUAAAAUAUGAAGAUUUUCUUUGAAAUGUAAAUUAUCACAUUGAGAAACUCAGCACUCUCUUUUGCACAAAAUAGCCCAUUUGGUGUUGAAAAGAUGAGAGUGCUGGUCACGUGUAUGUGAAAAAUAGAGAAUCUUGAGGAAAGAUAGAAAGGGGGGCAAACUGGAUAAACAGAAGUAACCAGCUCCAAAUACUUAUCCUCUGGCCCACAGCUGCACUUUUGGGACAGUAUGAGAUCAGACUAAGUCUGACUGACAUAAGCGGGUUAAGUAAGCCACAGGUCAGAGAGAGACCAGUUAAGAAUUUGGUCUCAAGGUUUGUUUGUACCCAGGAGACCUUUUGCAAAAUGAAUUGAGAGUAUAUUAGUAUCAGAAUCAUGAAUAUAAGAGAGUUUUGUAUAUGUGAUACUUUUUAACCUUAGUAUUUUAUCUCAGUUGUUUUCCCAGAAGUUUUGUAAACUCAGCUAUGUUGUUUGCACAAUUUUAGUCAUUUCUUUCAAUAAUUUUUAAAAAUUUAGUUUGUAGCUUUCAUUUGAUAAAGGAGUUGAUAUUGAAAGUAAUAUUGAAAUGUUAUAAUAGGGAAGAUCCACUAAUGCAGCUGAUGGCUCUUAGAUUGGGCUGUGUUGACUCGUGGAAUUAUCUAAUGUAUUAGUGGCUUUAGCUAUAUGGACAUGUAAUCCUCACAUUGCAGAUAUUUUGCAACCCUUUUGUGACUGCAUUACAAAUAUUUAAAAUUGUGUUCAGGUUAUGCUUUGCUGUUUAAUAAAAAGCUGUUUCAGA